AUGGGUCUGAGCCCUGGCGCCACCGGGGAGGGCGGGCUCUGCCUUGCUAAGUUACCCCGCUUCCGCCCUAAACUUUCCUUGAGGACCGCGGAAGAAUCAGAAUCGGAGUCCUCGCAGACGCUGGUCCAGUUCUCACCCACGCAGCCGCCGCGGCAGGGCCCGCUGCAGGGCUCCCAGGAACAGGGCAGAAGCGCCCAGCAGGGGGAGAAGCUAGCUGCUACCCUGGAGACCACACCCAGUGAGAAGAAGGGAGGGUGCAAUUCAACACCCAAGCCUGAGGGUGCUCGCAAGUCAGUAAAGCAGGCAGCAGAGAGCAAACUGAGACCUCAACCCGGAGACCUGAUUGAGAUUUUUCGAAUUGGCUAUGAGCACUGGGCCAUCUAUGUGGAGGACGACUGUGUGGUUCACCUGGCUCCCCCAAGUGAGGAGUUCCUGGCGGGCAGCAUCACGUCGGUCUUCAGCAACCGUGCCGUGGUCAAGUACAGCCGCCUGGAGGACGUCCUGCACGGCUGCUCCUGGAAGAUCAACAACAAGCUGGACGGGACAUACCUGCCGCUGCCAGUGGACAAGAUCAUCCAGCGCACGAAGAACAUGGUCAACAAGAUGGUGCAGUACAACCUGAUAGAGGGGAACUGCGAGCACUUUGUCAACGGCCUCCGCUACGGCGUGGCCCGCAGUCAGCAGGUGGAGCAUGCCCUGCUGGAAGGCGCGAAGGCGGCAGGCGCCGUGAUUUCUGCGGUGGUGGACAGAAUCCGGCCCAAAGCCCUGACUGCCUGA